UGUCAUAAUAUGAGAAGAAUUUGUGUGAUUCUCAGAAAAUGUAAAAAUACAAUUAAAUAUUGGUUAUAUAAUUAUAAUUAGCAAGUGAACAAUAAUAAAAUAAUAUUAAUUUGACAUUUAUUAGAAUACGGCUUAGAUUAAGUGAUGGCAUUAUUUACGAAACAAGAUUUUACACCGCCCCUGCUUUCAAGAAGAUGGUUUGCUGUGAAAUUCAGGCCUAAUGUGCUUUUAUACAGCCGAGAAAACAUAAUCCUAAUACUAGAAAGUGGCCUACUCUUCCGAGAAGACAGCAUAGAUGUGGAACAAGAGUCUCCAGCCCCCGAGGAGAUGUGGAAGUAUGCGGGUGGCGGCAAGAAUGGGUGGAUGACGAGGGGUGAGCGAGUGGCCUCUGCCAUCGGGGUUGCUGCUGCUUUGCUGUUGUUUCCUCCUAAAAGUUUCACCCGCUCAUCACUCCUCAACUUAUCACUCUACGCGUCAGUACCCAUUGUCUGUCGGUAUGCGCAUCGCAGCCGCUGCCGGGGCUCUCUGGGCGCGCUGCUGUCAGUAAUGAGGGAGUACCUCGCGCUGGCCAGGCGGACGGCAGCCUGUCUCAAGGAGUAUGCCGCGCUACAUGCGCAGAUCGGGUCGCUAACCUCAGUAAUAGAGUGGACACACACACUGCUGUGUCGGCAGCAGAGCGAGCUCGCUGUGUUGCUCUCGCGUACCUCUUCCGCGCUGCUGGCCAACGCGCCCUGGCUGACGGCUGACGUCGCAUGGGAGGCGCUGGAAGCUCGGAGUAGUGAUAAUCUUAUGAAAAUACACCACGCCUUCCUAGUAAUCCAAUCUACAUUUCUAAAACACAUAGCCAUGGCCCAUUUCGUGCCGCCCAUACAAGCCCAAAGGGUUUACAAAAACCACAACGAAAGAAUCCACUGGCUCCACAAAACUAUUAUUCCUCAUAUAACAGAAGAAUUUCAAAAUAACUACGAAGCUUUAGAACGUAUGUAUCGAUUAUUGAAAAACUCCAGUAAUAAAGAUCUUGAUACAAAAAAGUUAGGGACGGCUUUCAAUGAUAAUUGGAUUUAUUCUGACAUUCAUACAGGAGUUGCAAAAUCGUGCCUAGAAUUGAAAUUAGCGUUGAACAAAUCGAAUAGUUUGGACGUUUUUCUCGAUUCUUGUGCUAUGAAUAAACAGGAAAUCGAUUUAGAAGUUUUGAAUCGAGAUUUAGAUGACAUUAUAGAUGGUUUGACUAAAUGCUUGAAGACGGUACAAAGUUCGCAGUUACGGUUGAAAAAAAUUCAAAAUAAGAACGUUGAAAAUGUCCAGUAUGAAGAUAAAGAGGUUAUGGUCGAGAAUGUGGACAUUUUGAAAAUCGAAGACAGAGUACCAGAGAGUAAAGAUGAAGUUUUUUAUUUUGUUAGAACUGAUGAUGAUGAUUCUAUACAGCCAGCUGACGACCUUACUACUGCACCUGGGAAAAAAGAAAAAGAGGCAAAUAAAAUAGUUUUGUCAGAAUUAAAAAGGAAAUUGGGCAAAAGAGAAGAUGUUAUGAGGGAGAGAGAAAGGCAAGCUCUUGCUAAAACAAUGCCAGAGUUAAAAGAUAUACCUGAAUUCCCUCGACAAAUCAACCUUGAUGAAUAUAUCGAAAGAAAAGGUUAUAUAAAGAAAUUGAAACUAAAAAUACCUAAAAAGAAGCUUUUACAUAACAAAACUAAAAAAUCAAGAACUAAAAAUAAGAAAUACAAAUUAAAAUUAUCUAAAUAUACUAAUGAGGCUGAUAUAAGUGAUGUACUCUACGAAGCGAAUGCAAAACUUAAUGUAAAAAGCAAAUUAUUAUCGAUAAGUUUUCUUAAAGAUUACUACAUUACUAAAUGGUGUAAACUAACUAAAAAAGAAUAUUCUGACUCUAGCGGACUUUCAGAAGGUCUAAGUGACCCCGAACCGAGUACAACCAACAAAAAAACUCAAGAUUUCGCAAACGAUAUCCAAUUUUCGAAAAAAGACCUAGAAUUGACGCCGUCAUCCUCAGAAAGCGAUUUUGAAAAUUACAAAAAAGAUCGUCAAAAGGCUCUAUUGAAUGAUGUCCGUCGUCACCGUGCGGUCAGAAAAAAGAAUUACCCGAACCAUAAACCGGUUCGUACCACAGACAAUGUAGACGAGAGUUUGAAGCCCAUGGAGUAUAGUUUCGGCACGGGAUUGGCUAUGGCUUCAGUGUUGCAAGUUAAUAGGAGUGUUCCCAAAUAUAUUGCGGAUGAAGAGAUUUUCAUUGGUGAUGGUGAAGUGUCAACGGACAGUGGAAAUGAUGAGGAUGCAUAAAAAGUCAUUUAGGGUGUGUCUACACGGUGCAUGUAGCUGGAGCAAGUUAACAGCACGCGGGUGGGUAUUUUGCUUUGGUAUAUCUGCGAGUCGCUGGACCAACACGUUUUAAAAUACAUGUAACGACGCAUGUACCUAAACAUGCGCAAGCUACUUGCACCGUGUAGACGCACCCUUAAAUGCAUGGUUUCUAUGACGAACAAAAUUACGAGCGGAUAUGCCAUAACGGAAAAUCUUCUAAGAAAGUAGCGCGCCAAAAUGCGGGUGUUCGGGGGACGAAGAACGUUACUUUCUCCGCCCUUGUACGCCUUCUUUGGAACCCCGCCAAUUUUUUGUUACACCAAAAAUUGGCCACAGAUAUCUCAAAGAACCCUAAGGCCUUGAAGCUCACUCGUAACUGAUCAUUUUGGUCAUGCCCACUGUAUGUUUUUGACCUAGUAGAAGGCGCCUACCUGCAUAAUGGCAUCUCUCUCCGCUCAUCUUUCCUUACUUCAUGGUGGUUUCUAAAAAUUCAUCAUCGUCAACUUAAUGUUAUAUAGGCGAAAGUGUGUAAUAUAUUUGUUACUUCUUCACGGGCAAACGACAGAACGGAUUUCGAUUAAACUUGGCAAUAAAAAAAAGCUUAUGCAUCAGAAUUACAUAUAGCCUAAUUUUUGUCUGUGAAACUUAAUUUUAAUGUCUGUAUCAAUUAUUAUUAUAUUUACCUACAUAUUCGAUUAAUAAUAUUUUAAUAACUUUUAUUUGAAAUCAUUUAAUUAAUAAUUUGUCGCAUUUAAAAAUGUUAAUAAUUGUACUUUUUAAGAUCUGUGAUCAAAGUAAUCGAGUCAUCUAAUUUUAUAUAUUAAUAAUUGUAUUAUAAUAAUUUGUAAUUAAUGAUUAAAUAUAAUUUGCUUUUUAAA